GUCGCCGACGCUUCUCUCCGCGGGCACAAGAGCCGCGCUCAGCCGGUCGCACGGGAGGGCCGGCGGCGAUGGAGCCAGCCGCCGCGUACGGAGCCGCCAAAGCCGGCAAGCUCGCCUUCGACCCGGUCGCCUUCUUCACGCAUCCGCGGACGGUCCUGAGGCUGCUUUCGUGGGUGUUCUCCAUGGUGGUGUUCAGCUGCAUCGUCAACGAAGGCUACAUGAACAUCGGCAGCGAGCGCCUGCUGUGUGUGUUCAACAAGAACGCGGACGCGUGCAACUUCGGCGUGACGCUGGGCGUGGCCUGCUUCCUGGCCAGCGCCUUUUUCCUCUUCCUGGACGCCGUCUUCCCGUCCUUCAGCAGCCUGAGGGACCGCCGGCGUGCCGUGCUGCUCGACCUCGUCUGCUCAGGCGUGGCCAGCUUCUUGUGGUUCGUGGGCUUCUGUUUCCUGGCCAAUCAGUGGCAGGCGACGUCGGCGGACGAGCUCCCGCUGUCGCAGGGCGCCGACGCCGCCCGAGCCGCCAUCGCCUUCUGCUUCUUCUCCAUCAUCACGUGGACGGUGCUGACGCUGAGCGCCCUGCGUCGCUUCCUGUCAGGCUCGCACGCCAACCUGUUCACGUGGCAACACCUGGACGCUACCCCGAGACCCGGCGCCGGCCACGCCCGGGCCACGCCCUACCCCAUCGCCAACGGCGCCACCAUCGUGACCACCAAGCCCUACCAAGCCCCGCCCUUCACCGAGACCUUGGACCCGCAGAAGCUCACCCAGCAGCAGCACAGACCGGUGGCGCCCGCCUUCUAACGUCCCGUAACUAAGGCCGUGAUGAUGUUGUUGCCAUGGCAACCACCCCGCAGCUUUCUUCGCUUUUGUGUGCUCACACACACUCAUGGGCACACCACCGUACACACACACACAUACACGAGCAUGUUCCUUUAGUGUAGACGACGCCUAACAAAAAAGACAUUUUGAAUUGAAGCAUUUGAUUGGCUCACAGUUUGAUUGACAGGCAGCGAUAGAGGGGAAGGAUUUGGCAGAUAUCCUGGCAGGGGAAUAAAAAAAAAAAAAAAGGCAGGCUAGCACCUUCCUGAAUGUUCCACUUAUGAAAUAUUCAUGUGAUUUAAUAUUUCAUUGUGAUAUGCUCAUGUGUAUGAUGAAAAAUGAAAAAAAUAAUAAAGAAAACCA